AUGCCACAACAAGUGGAGAUCGACAUUGGGGCCGGCGGCGGCGCCGGAGGGUCGGGGACGGGACGGGACGGGACGGGGCCGUCUGCACCGGGCGACGCGCUAGCGGCGUCGGCGUCGGGUGGGGCGGGGGCGUCGGCCAGCCGGUGGCGCCCGGGCGGGCGGCGUGCGCGGCGCCGCGUGCGCGUCGCGCCGUCGCGCGGGCGCAGCGCCGCCCGCCGACUCGCUCGCUCGCCCGCCCGCCCGCGGUGCGGCGCCGCCGCCGUGCGCCCGGCACGCGUGCCGCCGCGACUUGCGCACGCUGGCUCGCGCCCGUUUGAAACGGCGCGCCGGCUGGACACGGCCGUGCUGUCCACGCACGCUCGCCCCGCAACCACUUGUCAAUUCAUUCCCACAAAUCCCACAAGACAAAUGGUAGCAGAACGCAGGUCGCACUACUCUGCCAAGUCGGGGCGAGCCGCUCUGGUCCCACCGCUCGCCGGCAGGGCCGUCCGCUGGUCGGGCGUUAUUGACGAUUCCCAAACCCGUUCCCGGAAGGCGCGAUGUCGGCAGCCCAAAUUGGAGGGUUGGCGACCCUUGGUGGCGCCGCACGCCCGCCGCUGGCGCUCUCUGGUGCGCGAUUGGCGCGGGGCGAAUUAA